ACUCGUUCCCUCUUCAUCAAAUUACCCUAUUCUUCGCUUAUUUGUCUGAAUCGCCGCUUCAUUUCAAAAACCCAAAACACCUUGUUUUGCUUCUCUCAUUCAUGGAGUUUCACGGUCUCUCAAGAAAGGAGCUUCAAGCUCUUUGCAAGAGGAACAAGAUUCCUGCUAAUAUGACCAACGUUGCCAUGGCUGACGCUCUCGCAGCUCUUCCACAGGUUGAGGGAUUGGGCGAAAUUGUGAAUCCUAAGACAGGUGGUGAUAUUGCUACCCCUGCUGUUCAACCUAGAACAGCUGGUAGAACUACAACUCAAAGGAAGCCAGUGAAAGAAUCAGAAAGCUCUAAGAUCUCUACACGGCCUAACCGUGGGGCGAGAUCUGGAGUAGUUGAAGGAGAGGCUGAGCAAGAGAACAAAGAUGCAAAUGUCUCUAAUACUCCUGCUGUUGUGCCGUGUAGCAGGAAAAGGGCUCCUGCAGUUUCUACUCGCAGAAAGACGGAAGUGGUCAUUUUAGAUGAUGAUGAAGAAGAAGAUAAGAAUGAGGUCGAUGAAAAUCCAAAGGAUGUGGUGGCCAAAACUCCUGCUGUAGUGCCCAAAAGUAGGACAAGAGCAGCCGGCCGUUUGGUUCGUGACAAGAAAGAAGUUUCUGAUGGAACUUCAUUGCAGAAUGCGUAUAGCACAAGGAGGUCCGUGAGAGUGUUGGGAAAGAGCUUAUCAAAGGUUAGCUUGGUGGAGACUGAGGACAAGGAGCAGACCAAGAGCGAGGAUGUUUCUGAAGAUGCAGGAACUAGUUUUCAGACAGAAUCAAAUGCGGUUUCUCAGAACAAUGAUGAAGUGGAAGCUUCCUCUGUAAACAAAGCUGGUUCAGAAGCAAAAGCAGCUGAUGCAGAGGAUGUGUUGCAGGCUGAACCAAAAGUAGAGGGCUCAGGGAAUGCCAAUCAUGUGGAGGAUGCAAAUGAGGACCCAAGUUUAAAUCUGCAAGACAGUUUUGAGAAUUGUGUUGAUUCAAAUGAAGCAGAAUCUGAGCAGCCUGAACCGGAGGAAUCCGGUGAUAUUGAUGUAAUUGAAAAUAAGGAAAGCUUUGGAGCCGAACAAGAUCAAGCCAUGGAGUUUGCUGCUCCUGAAGAGACUCCCCUGGAAGUUACUGACCGAGCUAUUGAGGAUACUGCUGAAAUUGAAAAUAAGGAAAGCUUUGGAGCCGAACAAGAUCAAGCUAUGGAGUUUGCAUCCCCAGAAGAGACUCCUCUGGAAAUUGCUGACCCUAUUGGUAAUACUGCUGAAAUUGAAAAUAAGGAAAGCUUUGGAGCCAAACAAGAUCAAGCUAUGGAGUUUGCUUCCCCAGAAGAGACUCCUUUGGAAGUUGCUGACCAAGCUAUUGGUGCAUUAACCGAUGUGGUGUCUGGUGAUAUUUCUAUGGAAGUUGCUAACCAAGAAGAUGAUGCUGACUUGUCUGUUGAAGCAUCUGAAGAAGCUUUCAAGGGUACUGCUGAACAAGCUAUUGUCGGCUUGUCCGUUGAGGCAUCUGAUGAGGCAUCUAAGGAGAUUUCUCACCAAGUUAUUGCCUCUUCAACAGAUAUGGUGUCUGAUGAGGCUCCUCUGGAUGUUUCUCACCUAGAAGAUGUCGCUGACUUGUCUGCUGAAGCAUCUGAAGAAGUACUCAAGGGGACUGUCGAACAAGCUAUUGUUGGCUUGUCCGUUGAGGCACCUGAUGAGGCAUCUAAGGAGAUUUGUCACCAAGCUAUUGCCUCUUCAACCGAUGUUGUGACUGAUGAUGCUUCUAAGGAGACUUUUAAGGAGACUGAGGAACUAGCUAGUGUUGGCUUGUCCGUUGAGUCAUCCGAAGAAGCUUCUAAAGAGAUUUCCCCUGUCGAUGUGGUGGUACCUGAUGAUGCUUGUGUCGAUAAUCUUGAAGGUGUUGCUGACAUGGUAUUUGAAGAGGUAGAGAAUAUAGAGGAUGCAGUUUCUGCUAUUCUAGCUGGAAAAGAUGAAACUUCUGGUAGAGCUGAAAAUGAGGGCGACAAAGAAAGCGAAAUUGAAAAGGUAAUUCUUAAACUUUCAAUGAUGGAUGUUACUAAAAAGAAAGAAGCUGACCGGAAUAAUGCAUUCCAGAAGCUGGAAGGAGAAGCACAAGCUGAACAACUUGCCACAGAAGAAAACCCUAAGUUUGAGGGUGCAGUUUCUGCUAUUCUAGCAGAAAAAGCUGAAAACGAGGGCGAAAAAGAAAGCAACGAUGUUGAAAAGGUAACUCUUAAACUUUCAAUGAUGGAUGUUUCUUCUGUAAAGAAAGAGGCUGACCAGAAUAAUACAUCCCAGAAGCUGGAAGUAGAAGCACAAGCUGAAGAACCCAUUUGCUCACCUCAGUUAGAAACUAAGGGAAAGUUGAAAACCAAGGAUAUGAGUAUGCGGAGUCUCAAAAAGUUGCUGAAAUCAGGAACCAAGGAAAUUUCAAAUGAAAUUAAAGCAGUUACUAGUGUUGAGAGUGACAUGAACAAGCAGUUACUGAAAUCAGAAACCAAAGAAAUUUCUAAUGAAAUUGAAGCUGUUACCAGUGUUGAGAGUGACAUGAACAAUCCUAAUAAGAAGAAGGAAAACUUGAAAAGCAUAGAUGUUCAAAAUAUGAGUAUGAGAGGUCUAAAAAAAUUGCUGAAGGAGAAGUUAGAUGGAAAACUAGCCAUGACUGAUAAUGAUGAUGUCCAAAUGCAGGGAGUGGAGAAGAAGAGAACAGCACUGCAAGCACUGCCACAAAAUCAGUUGGCUGAGCAAAAGGCCUUGUAAGGUGUGAAAUUAGAGUAAUAUUAGGUGAGACCACUUAGAAUGUGGAGGAGCUUUUUGGUUAUAUUUUAUGAGGUGGAGAUCCAAACCUUUGGUUUGGUUAUGUUUUUCUCAUUUUACGAGGUGGAGAAUCCUUGAUGGUAUUUGUUACACAAUAAACACUUAUUGGGGCACUCUUUUAUGCGCCAAAUUGCGUAUUAAUUUUAUGUUGCUUAUUACUUUUUA